AUGGACUAUCGAUCGUUUGCCACUUGGAUUCAGUCGAUGUACAAACUGUACCGCGACUACACACACGAUGAGCUCUCUUCUAUUCACGUUAUCGUGUAG